CCAACUCCUCCUACCUGAUUCAAUUAUUUAUUUAUUUUUCCUCGACUCCUUUUCUUGGGUCUCCCUCAACAGUCUUAACACGUUGCCAACCACCGCGAGCGUCUCCAAAACGGUGCGUUUCGGUCAUCUACGGCUGAUCGCUCACCGUAACCGGCACAGUUCGACGGCCGUCGGAGCUCCGAAGCCGUGGGCAUUUUACCAGAGCAUGGAGAAAAGGAGAUGGUUGGUAUUUGUAGUAUUUACAUGGAUGUUUGUUUUUUCUGCUGGAAGAGAACUGAAAAUUAAGCACAAGGAUCAUGGCCCCGUCUAUAAUCAUACGCUUGCCACUAUAUUAGUGCGGUACGCUUCCACGGUGUAUUUAUCAGAUUUGACAGAGCUGUUUACUUGGACAUGCUCAAGAUGUGACGGUUUGAUUAAGGAUUUUGAAAUGAUUGAGCUGGUUGUUGACAUCCAGCAUUGCUUACAGGCUUUUGUUGGAGUGGCACAAGAUCCCAAUGCCAUCAUAAUUGCAUUUAGAGGGACUCAGGAACACAGCAUACAGAAUUGGGUUGAAGAUUUAUUUUGGAAACAGCUUGAUUUAGAUUACCCUGGCAUGCCUGAUGCAAUGGUGCACCAUGGGUUUUUUAACGCUUACCACAACACAACCAUACGCCCUGGAAUUUUAAAUGCUAUUGCAAGAGCUAAGGAGUUCUAUGGAGAUAUUGACAUCAUAGUUACAGGUCAUUCAAUGGGCGGGGCAAUGGCUUCAUUUUGUGCUCUUGAUCUAAGGGUCAAUCAGAAAGAGAGAAAUGUUCAAGUUAUGACAUUUGGACAACCUCGUAUUGGUAAUGCAGCUUUUGCAUCUUACUUUAGCGAACUUGUGCCAAAUACUAUACGAGUUACAAAUGAACAUGAUAUGGUUCCUCAUUUGCCUCCAUACUAUACUUAUUUUCCUCAGAAGACAUACCACCACUUCCCAAGAGAGGUGUGGCUUUAUAACGUUGGAAUUGAAAGUCUUGUUUAUGAGGUUGAGAAGAUCUGUGAUGAUUCUGGCGAGGACCCAACCUGCAGCAGGUCGGUGAGUGGGAACAGCAUUUCCGACCAUCUAGUUUAUUUUGGUGUUGAAUUAAUGGCGAAGACAUGGAGACGGUGUAGAAUUGUGAUGGGUCCUGGGGUAGUGGAAUACAGCAGAACAGAUCUUGGAGGAAAUUUUGUACUGUCCAGAGAUCUUGCAACUCCUGUUCUAAAGUUGAAUGCAAUGUCAGAAGCUGGGGCAAAACCUCUGUAGAAUGCCAGCCAAUGAUUCUCUUGGAAGAAAUCUGAGAGAGGUCAGUUGUAGGUUUAUGUCCCUAAAAAGCUGUUUCGUCGUAGGCGUUUUGUUUUCAGAUGCCAUAGCUGACAAAUAUCGGUGGGAUGGGGCCAAGGCUGCGAAUGACACGUGUAUAUAUUAAUGUGUUCAUCUUCAUUCUUUUGGAUAUGAAUGCUGACAUUUGUGUUA